AAUCCUCGUUCCUUUCCGUCAAUUUCCGGUCUUUUCCGUCAAUUUCCGGUCUUUUCCGUCAAUCAUCGGUCUUUUCCGUCAAUUUCCGGUCUUUUCCGUCAAUUUCCGGUCUUUUCCGUCAAUCAUCGGUCUUUUCCGUCAAUUUCCGGUCUUUUCCGUCAAUUUCCGGUCUUUUCCGUCAAUCAUCGGUCUUUUCCGUCAAUUUCCGGUCUUUUCCGUCAAUUUCCGGUCUUUUCCGUCAAUUUCCGGCCUUUUCCGUCAAUUUCCGGCCUUUUCCGUCAAUUUCCGGCCUUUUCCGUCAGUUUACGGUCUUUUCCGUCAAUAUCCGGUACUUUCCGUCAAUUUUUGGUGUUUUCCGUCAAUCUUCGGUCCUUUCCGUCAAUCUCCGUCCCCGUCCCAGUCGCUCCCCGGUCUCUCCGGUCCCCCGGCGCCAUGGCCGGGGAUCGCCGCUCUCCGCCCGGUCCGUGCUGCCCCGGGCAGGGGGCGAUGACCGAUCCUUGCUGCUCGGGGCCGGUGGCCGUGCCCAGCGUACACCAGAGCCUGGCCGAGAUGGACUUCGAGCGGGGGAUCUGGGCGGCCGCGCGGGACGGGGACGAGCCGCGGGUACUGCGGCUGCUGGAGCGGCGCGGGGACCCCGGAGAGCCCGACCGGGCGGGGUACACGGCACUGCACUACGCCAGCCGGAACGGGCACCUGGGGGUGUGCCGGGUGCUGCUGGAGCGGGGAGCUCCCUGCGACGCCCGGACCCCCGGUGGGGCCACCCCUCUGCACCGCGCCUGCUACUGCGGCCACCUCGCCGUGAGCCGCCUCCUGCUCCAGCACGGGGCCGACCCCGCGGCCACCGACGGCGACGGGCGGACCCCCCUACACAAGGCAGCUGAGCAGGGGCACCGUGAGCUCUGUGCACUCCUCCUGCGCCUCUGCCCGGCUCUGGCCACACUCCAGGAUUCCAGGGGCCGCAUCCCGCGGGAUGGGGCCCACCCGGACGUGCAGGACCUGCUGGACACUUGAGGGGACACGGGACACCCGGAGCCACCCCAGUGGGACCUCCAGAGGCGUCUCCAAUGCACAAACACAGCCUGCGGCACCGACUCUGUCCCCUUGUCACCUGUGCCAGAGGUCAGGGUGUGUGUGGGGGGUCACACCAGGAGGGAGGUGCAGAUCCCCCUCCUACCUUCCAGGGACUUUGUUUCCUAAAAAACCCACUAAAAAUGUGGAAAACA